GACACUCUCGAAGCGGCUAAUCGGGAAAGGUCGGAUAUCAUGUACGGUGAAAAGUCAAGUGAUUGGUGGAACCGCUGCAAGCUGCUGGUGAGGGAGUUUUGCCGUGAAAGUUCAAUCCACGGAUGCAAGUACAUCGUUGGGGCCAACAGGGCUUUGAUAGAGAAAACUUGGUGGCUCAUCGUGUCCGGAAUAUCACUCUAUGGUUGCGGUAGUCUCAUCCACAACGUGUACGAAAAGUGGCAAUCUGACCCGGUGAUCGUCAGCUUUGCCUCCAAGCAGGUUCCAAUCUUCAAGAUACCGUUUCCUUCGGUGACGAUCUGUCCGGAGAACAAGGUCAAGAUGACACACAUCAACAUUUCUCAGUCGUACUACGAUGCAAUCGAAGGGAAUCUUACGGAGCGAUCGGAUCCUGAGCGCUUCAGGAAGCUGCUCGCCAUGCUGCAGGUGUGUGACUUUAUGAUGUACGAGAUCAUCAAGAACGAAACGUACGACGACGAAUGCAUCAAGUGGCUGCAGCGUAUGAAGACACCUCUGGAUGAGAUAUUCAUCACAUGCCAGUGGCGCAGCGAGGACGUCAACUGCACGGAAAAGUUUCGACCUACGUUGACCGCUAAAGGCAUGUGUUACACGUUCAACUCGCUCUCCGCUGAAGAUAUGCUGCGCACAUCGGAGCUCAACUCCGAGUACCAGUAUCUGGCGGAGACCCGGAGAAUCACAAACUGGACCUUGGAUCGUGGUUAUUCGCUCGGAUCAACGCAAGGUGUCUACCCUCAACGGGUGCUCGGAGCAGGAGGAUUCCGUGUGAUGCUGCACACUCCGAUCGAGUAUCCUGAGCUAAACCUGCGCAGUUUCCGCGUUCCACUGGACCAAGAAGUGGUGGUUUCGGUUAUUCCGGAGGUCGUUGAAACAUCUGCCGAAGUCAAGGACUAUUCACCCGAAGGUCGUCAGUGUUACUAUGCGAACGAGCGACACCUGCGAUUCUUCCGGGUGUACAGUCUGGAAAACUGCCAGAUGGAAUGUCUCACAAACUACACCAUUGAACGUUGUGGCUGUGUAAAGUACUCAAUGCCGCGACCCCCGGAUGUACGUAUCUGCGGUCUGACCAAGGUUAAAUGUUACCAAAGAGCCGUUGUGGAGAUGCUCAAGUCCAAGGCUAACAUGGUAAAAUUUGAGAAUCCUCGCUUCAAGGACUCGUGCAAUUGUCUGGCAUCGUGUACCACGAUCCAGUACAACGUCGAGCUAUCUCAGUCCAACUUCAACUGGCACAAACUGCUUCCGGCUACCAAACGUUUCUUGCAGGGACGGAAGGAUUCAUUCCGGUGGUUCGAAGGGCUUUACGGAACGACCGAUCUUCUGGCGAACGCUGGAGGUCUGCUGGGACUGUUCAUGGGUAUUAGCAUCCUAAGUCUGGUGGAGAUUCUGUACUAUUGCUCGAUCAAACCGUUGGUGCUGUGGUGGAAGGAAUUGAACAAAGUUGUAACCGUCAAGCAGGUCACUCCGAUUGUAGGAGGAGCCAAACCUAGCGUUGUUAGAAUGUUUUAUAUGAACAAAGGGUGCAACUUGUUAGUCACCACCAUGUACGGUGACAAGUCAAGUGUUCGUUCUGCAGCGAAGCCACGCGAUUGGUGGACCUAUAUCAAACUUUUGCUGAAGGAGUUUUGUCGUGAGAGUUCAAUACAUGGCUUUAAAUACAUCGUUGGAUCCAACAGGGCCCUCAUAGAGAAAACAUGGUGGCUCGUCGUAUCCUGUCUGUCCCUGUACGGUUGUGGAAAUCUCAUCCACAACAUCUUCAACAAGUGGCAGCUCGAUCCGGUGAUUGUCAGCUUCGCCACCAAGCAGGUGCCGAUUUACAAGAUUCCGUUCCCAUCGGUGACGAUCUGUCCGGAGAUCAAGGUCAAGAUGUCGCAGCUUAACUUUACUCAAGCGUACUACGAUGCGAUCGCGGGUAGCCUAACGGAGCAGUCCGAUCCGGAGCGUAUAGGGAAGUUGCUGGCAAUGAUGCAGGUUUGCGACUUUAGCAUGUAUGACGUUUUUACCAACGAAACGUACGACGACGAUUGCAUCAAGAUGUUGAAACUGAUGAAACUUCAGCAAGAGGAGAUAUUCGUCGUGUGUCAGUGGCGUGGUGAGGCAGUUAAUUGCACGGAGAAGUUUCGACCGACGUUGACCGCUAAGGGGAUCUGCUACACCUUCAACUCGCUCUCAGCGGAAGAUAUGAUGCGCACGGAACAGCUCAAUACCGAGUACCGAUACGUGACGGAGACCCGUAACAUCUUGAACUGGAGCCUGGACCGGGGGUAUACUCCCGAAUCGACGCGAGGUGUCUAUCCUCAGCGAGUCCUGGGAGCGGGAAUCGGUGGAGGCUUGAACGUCUUGAUCAAAGCGAACGUCAGCGAUAUGGACAACCUUUGCAGCAAUACCUUCCAGGGGUUCCGGGUGAUGCUGCACAUGCCGGUCGAGUAUCCGGAGCUAAACUUGCGCAGCUUCCGCAUGCCGCUGGAUCAAGAAGUGGUGGUUUCGGUGAUUCCAGAAGUUGUCAAGACUUCACCCGAAGUGAAGAGCUACACUCCGGAACGUCGGCAGUGUUACUAUUCAAACGAGCGAUAUCUGCGAUUCUUUCGGAUGUACAGUCUGGAGAACUGCCAGAUGGAAUGUCUCACAAAUUACACAAUUCAACGCUGUGGUUGCGUUAAGUACUCGAUGCCACGACCUCCGGAUGUUAGAAUCUGUGGUCUGACCAAGGUUAAAUGCUACAAAAGAGCUGCAACGGAAAUGCUCAUGUCCAGAGCGAAAAUGAUCAAGCUGGAGAAACCUCACUACAAGGACUCGUGCGAUUGCCUAGCCUCGUGUACUACAGUGCGCUAUCACAUCGAGCUGUCGCAGUCGAAUUUCAACUGGAAACAGCUGCUUCCGGUUGCCAAAGAGUUUGGAAAAUCACUGGAUGGGGUACAGAUUUCCAGCCUGGUGAUCAUGUUCAGGACGGAAGGAUUCAUUCCGGUGGUCCGAAGGGAGCUGUACGGAACUACUGAUCUGUUGGCGAAUGCUGGGGGGUUGUUGGGACUGUUCAUGGGAAUUAGCAUUCUUAGUUUGGUUGAGAUUUUGUACUUUUGCUCAAUCAAACCCUUGCUUAUGUGGUGGAGAGGUGAUAUCGGGGUUAAGCAAGUGUGUUCCGUAAUAUCCUACAACAAUCAAGAAGGAUUCACCGAACGGGAAAAGUUCGCAUCGUACAACAUGGACAAGUUUUAUGUACAGUAA